UGUGUGUGAGCGUGCGUGCGUGUGCGUGUGCAUGUGUGUGUGUGUGUGUGCGGGGGCCUGGAGAUCAGUUAAAAGAGCAACAGAUGUCUGGAAGCGUGUCACAGUGUUGCUCGCUGCUUGAUGGGAAACAAACGUGGAGACUCUGCAGAGGAAGAGGAAGAUCUGUUAAAGCUUAAGAAAAGGGCUUUAAACACUGGGGGAGGAUUUAAAUGGAACACCAUGACAGAUUUAUCUAAAACAAAACUAAACAUUUAUUUGAAUACGAUAAUAAAAACAUAGUUAUGAAGUCAAAGUUCCAGUUUCUGAAUUGUUUCUGAACUCAAAAACAUGCCAGUGACGACACAUAGCUUUUAGCUUUUGGCUUUAGCUAGUUCAUGAUAAAAAAUCAUCUUUAUCUCACUGUAAACCACUCACUCUCCCGUACCAAAGUCCACAGAGAAAAUCAGUGAUUUUAACAUCACACACACACACACACUGCUGCCUCCAUCACUAAGUUCAAAUGUCUGAUUUUGUGAUUUCGGCUUUUAAAAUCCUUCGUUCAGAUUGACUUCAGUGACACAAAGUGACCACACGAGGCAGCAGAGGACCAGCAGCUCCUGUGUCCCCGCAGCUAAAAUCACUGAUUUUCUCUCUGAAGUUUGGUGUGAGAGAGUGAGUGGUUUACAGACGUCAGUCUCACAUUGAGACAAAGACGUGGACAUGGACUUGAACUGACGUAGAUUUUGGAGAAGUGGAGUCUUGUGUUGACCUGCAGGUGGCAGUCGUGUUGUCAGUGACAGUGAGCCAUGCUGCAUCAGUGCUCUAAAACAUUCAUGCUGAGAUAUCACAGGUGAUUUUCUUUCUUGUGUCCGGUCACAGUGGUUGGACUUGUCUGCGCUGUGGUGCAGACAAAAUGUCAAGUGUUUUACUCAUAGGUGUCAUCAUCUAAAAAUACAAUAGAAAUCAGUUUCCUGCCUCCUGCAGCUGCAGCUACAGCUGGCGUCGCCUCCUCCUCGCGUGCCCUCGUUUGUUUUCAACGGCCACAUUCGUCAUCACCAGCACUUUUCCCUCCAAACAGCAUUAAUCAUGUGAUUCCAGCAGAGACGUGUGCACCCGAGGGAGUCACAGAGAAACCCUCCGUACUGUAGGAGUGUUCAUGUGUGUGUGUGUGUGUGUGUGUGUUUGACAUUGACACAUGACAGCGUCUGCUCUGUUUAAUCAAUGCUCCUAUUUCUAGGUUGAGUGAACAGGCCGAGGCUCGGCGUGCUCGGCGUCCGGGAACCAUUCAACAUUUCACUGAAGAACACGACGACAGUAGCGAAGAUGGCCGACAACGUGAGCUCCAGACUGGACACGCCCACCAACGUCUCCCUGAGUGCUGGCAACGACGUCUCCGAGUCAUCAGAGUACAAGAGUGUGUCGGUGUUUCUGGUGCUGCUGGUGUGCGGCGUGGGCAUCGUGGGGAACGUCAUGGUGGUGCUCGUGGUCCUCACCACGCGUCACAUGAGGACGCCCACCAACUGCUACCUCGUCAGCCUGGCCAUCGCCGACCUGACGGUGCUGGUGGCGGCGGGGCUGCCCAACGUGGCGGACAGUCUGAGCGGCACGUGGGUGUUCGGCCACGUCGGCUGCCUGGGCAUCACCUACCUUCAGUACCUGGGCAUCAACGUGUCGUCCUGCUCCAUCACCGCCUUCACGGUGGAGAGGUACAUCGCCAUCUGUCAUCCAAUGAAGGCUCAGACUGUGUGCACCGUGUCCAGGGCCAAACGCAUCAUCGCCGGGGUUUGGAUCUUCACCUGUGUCUACUGCAUGCUCUGGUUUUUCCUGGUGGACAUUCAGGUGGGAGAGGACGGACACGUGCAGUGCGGCUACAGAGUGAAGCGGGAGCUCUACCUGCCCAUCUACCUCACUGACUUUACCGUGUUUUACGUCACACCGCUGCUGCUCGCCAUCGUGCUGUACGGCCUGAUCGCACGAGUCCUCUACGUCAGUCCUCUGCCCAACCAUCCCGACACCAGCGCCACCACGCUGCGGAGAAGCUGCCGGGAAACCUGUGAAGUGGGUAAAGGGGGUCGUCCCAGCCGACCCAAGACGGCCAUUUCCUCCAGGAAACAGGUGACUAAGAUGUUAGCUGUGGUCGUGAUCCUCUUCGCUCUGCUGUGGAUGCCUUACCGCACCUUAGUCCUCAUCAACUCUUUCGUGUCCACGCCGUACCUGAACGCCUGGUUCCUCCUGUUCUGUCGGACGUGCAUCUACGCCAACAGCGCCAUCAACCCAGUGAUAUACAACGCCAUGUCUCAGAGGUUUCGCUCUGCAUUUCGCGGGCUUUACCGUUGCCAGCGGCCGGAGGGACUUCAGAGGACACUGUCAACAAUCCAGACGGGUUUCGGCAAAGUCCGAGAACCCCAAACCUCCCUGGCAACCGACAACAAAGGAGAUGAUGAGGAGGCGAGGAGGAGGACGAGGAGGAGGAGCAUCCUGGAUACCGGGGGUGAUAUGAAGGCAAAGCAGAAUGGAAGCAGCCACCAGGAGAGAGUCAGCGACGGCGGCGGCCCUUUUGAAACGUCGCUGUGUGGUCGUGAGGAUGAGGAGUGGCCUUCGUCAAACAACGCCUCAGCAAAUGUUCAACAUUCUGUAAAGGACAAAGAGGACAAUGUGUAAUGUUUUUGUCAUUGUAGGACACACAGGGAUGUGAAGGUGAUCACAUGAUCAGCAGAAUCACAUGACGGCACAUUUCAUAUCAACGUGUUUUAACUGAACCAUUUCCUGUUUACAAACAAAAAGUGAAGAGGAAGAGGAAGGUGUUUAACCACAGCAGGAAGUUCACCGGUUUGCUUUAAAAUGUGUUUUUCAUGUUGUGUUUCACGGCUUUAUCACACAAAGACAAAGACAUGGACUGUAAAUAAGGGAGUGUCAAGUGUGAGUGUUGUCUUUCUUUUAUUAUUAGGGUGUUCGCACAUGUGUUCAUUAAAAUGAAUGGAUGAAAACA